AUGGAUCAACUGUUGCAGAGAGAGAUAGAACAGCUAAAGUCUCUUGUAAGAUACAGAAAAGUACAGCCCCACAGAGUCUCAAGUGAUGAGGAAAAUGAACUUUUAGUGCGUCGUGAAAUGGAGACAGCCCUUCGACGAAAGCUGUUCUUGGAAGAUUGUAGAAGCGACAAUUCUUCUAUCCCCAAGGAAGCAAAGAAACUAGUGAGUGAAAUCACAGGUUUGGAGCUGCAAGUGAUGUACUUAGAAAGAUAUCUUCUUUUGCUAUACCGAAGAUUCUUCAACAAAAUCAUUACAUCUAACCUAGAAUCAGAGGAGAAAGAGAGAUCAGAUGAUAUUCUUGCGUCUAAUAAACCCGUUGAUUCACCAAAAAACGUGGUCUGCAGCCCGCAGAAAGUUCUAGAUGACUCUGGAAUAUUCCGCAGCCACUCAUCCUUGUCUCAUUGUUCAGGCUAUUCCUUUAGAAUGUCUCCCCAAGCAAUGGACUCAUCAUAUCAUCACUCUCUUCCUUUCUCACUGCUUGAGCAAGCUGAUAUCGACACGAUGAUGAGGACAUAUGUUUCUGAAAACGUUUCUGAAACACCAAACAGUUUGUCUGAAGAGAUGGUCAAGUGCAUCUCAGAAGUUAUUCGUCAACUCGCGGAUCAAGAAACACUCAAAGGUGAUCGAGAAUCGAGCAGCCCUUUUGGCGGGAAAGAGCGUCUGAAAGUCAUUAACAGACCUUACGAAAAAUUAUUAAUGGUGAAAUCGAUAUGUAGAGACUCGGAGAAGUUAAAUGAAGUUGAACCUGCUUUAAAGCAUUUCAGGUCCCUUGUUAAUAAGUUAGAAGGAGUGAAUCCAAGGAAGUUGAAUCAUGAAGAGAAGCUAGCUUUCUGGAUUAAUAUACACAACUCUCUCGUUAUGCACUCGAUUCUUGUGUAUGGGAACCCAAAGAACAGUAUGAAAAGAGUAUAUGGGUUGUUGAAGGCAGCGUAUAACGUUGGAGGUCGAAGCUUGAACUUAGAUACCAUUCAGACUUCAAUUCUCCGUUGCCGGGUCUCUCGUCCAGGACAGGUAUUUAGGUUCUUGUUUGCGUCUAGAACAAAGGGUAAAGCUGGAGAUUUGGGUAAAGACUAUGCUAUAACUCAACCUGAGCCUCUUCUUCAUUUCGCUCUUUGCUCUGGAAACUUCUCAGAUCCAUCCGUCCGUAUUUACACACCCAAGAACGUGAAGAUGGAACUUGAUCGUGGUAGAGAAGAGUAUGUAAGAUCAAACGUAGGAAUCUCUAAAGACAACAAGCUUCUUUUACCGAAGCUCGUUGAAUUGUAUGCUAAAGACACUGCACUGUGCCACGUCGGAGUCGUCGACAUGAUCAGGAACUCGCUGCCUUGUGAAGCAAGAAACAAAAUCCAGCAGUGUCAGAACAAGAAGCUUGGGAGAUUCGUCAUAGAUUGGGUCGCACAUGAUUUCAGAUUCAGGUUGCUUCUCUGA